GCGUGUGUGUGUUCAGAGAGAGUGAGAACGAGAGAGAGAGAGAGAGAGAGAGAGAGAGAAGCAGACAGAAACAUGCACACUUAGGGGUGUGUCUUAGACAAUUAGUUCCUCAAGGAAGUACAACUCAGAUUAUCUUGAAACAGAGUGUCGAGCAGAUCAGAGAGUUUCUUUGGAGGUUUUUGUGUGGUUCCAUCCUUGCUUAAGGAGAGCACUGUUGUUGUUGGGGGUUUUUUUUAAACAAAAAACCUGGAUGUUGAUCACCUGAGCUGCACACACAAGGAGGACAGAGACUUGACAGAGAGGAGGGAGGGAAAGAACAGAAAAAGCAGAAAUGGAGAACUUUAGCUCCAGAGACUUGGCUAUGAGAGCCCAGAAGAAGAUUCUCAGCAAUAUGGCCAACAAAUCAGUAGCGCAGAUGUUCAUUGAUGACACCAGCAGUGAGAUCCUGGACGAGCUGUAUCGUGUCUCAAAGGAGUACACAGGGAACCGCACAGAGGCCCAGAAAGUGAUUAAGGACCUGGUUAAAGUUGUUGUGAAGGUUGCUGUGCUUUUUAAGCACAACCGUUUCAGUGAGGACGAGCUCAGCAUAGCCCAGAACUUCAAGAAGAAAUUACACCAGGGAGCCAUGACGGCCAUCAGUUUCCAUGAGGUGGAGUUCACCUUUGACAAGGCAGUCAUGUCAGAGAUCCUUACUUCAUGUAGAGACAUGAUGCUCAAGCUGGUAGCCAAUCAUCUUACGCCAAAAUCCCAUGGACGCAUCAACCAUGUCUUCAACCAUUACUCCGACCCUGAUCUUCUCACCCAGCUUUACAAUCCAAACGGUCCUUUCAAGUCCCACCUCAGUAAAAUCUGCAAUGGACUCAGCAAACUGAUCGAAGAGGGCAAAUUAUGAGAGUGUUGUGCCAAUGGGACUCUAAACAGUAUUUCUAUAAAGAGACCAACAAGGUGCUGGACUAGAAAAAAGCAAGGCAAGAUUGUAAACUCAGCACACACUCGGUGAUUAACUCACUGAUGGCAGUCUCUUUGUUCAAGUUUUUGUACAUUAUUGUUCACCACUGUUCUCUGCUUAUUGUAAGGAAAUCACAUUUCACGUCAUUGCUGGCAGCACAGCACAGAAUUAUCGAUCAAGGUUAAUUCCUGAUCUCCAAUGAGUGACAGUCAUAUCAGCAAAAUUGUUUUGAUGUGAAAGAUUUGUGGAUGACUUACUUUUAUUAAUAAGCACUAUAUUAACGUCCACUUUUUUGUAAACCCUUUUUUUCAAGGUCACACGUAUCUAUAAAGCUUUGUGAACGUGUUUUCUAGUAAAGGAACAAUAAUUGCAAGAGUUUGGAGUAGUGAAUAUGGCAAAUUCAUUUUUACACUCAUAACCAGUACUACAUUUAAAAAACAAAAGGGAGGAUGAGGGGAGAUUUCAUAAUAAUAAACACCAGCAUUGACUUUUCUAUAAUUUUCUGUAGGCUAAAUAAAAGGGAGUUUUAGCACUGAAUAUUCAACAGUUAAUGAUGAAAUAAUGAAUGAAAAGCUGCAAUGCUCUCAGAAUGUGUUUCUGUCCAUGAUUAGGUGUAGUAAAUGUUGUAAAAUUAUGCUCUGAAAAACAUGUAAUCAAUUCAAAUCCCAGUUCCAAAUGAGUAAAUCUCUUCACUGCCA